AUGGUAAGAGCGCCCUCCAAGCCGGUGGGAGACCCAGGUUCGAGUCCCGGUCAAGACCACGGAUACGAAGCAGCCGAAGGGCAUGUCCUUACUAAUAAUGCAAUUAACCGCACUCUUCGCGAACAUGUUAAACGUUCGUAUAAAAAAUUCGAUUGCAAAUUGAUCGAGUCGACGAUCACAAAGGCGCAGCUCGACUCUUUUUCCCCCUCUCACCACCCUAGCACCCGACCGCUCUCACGAGAUUCUUAUUUAGAUUCGCUUCCGUCUGAUUGCUCUUGGUAA